GCAAUGCUUUCGCGGCUUUAUUGUGGCUUUGCUUUUAUAUUUUGUUCCAAUUAAGAAGAUUGACUGGCACGACAUUUUUUGUAUUUAUUAGUCGAAAAUUUGUAUAAUACAGCUUUGCGGCGCACGUUUGUUUGACGAUAGAUCCUUUGUUUGUAUACUUACGAGAAAAUGGAUAAGGUUCCGCACUCGCCCCUUUUGCAGGGAAAGAAGCUGGACGCGUUUUAUCGUUGUCCAUUCGUCUACGACGGAGCUCUGGAGCUGUCUUAUCCUCCUUCGGUAUAUAAAACCGAUAACGUAUUUGGAUAUCAAUCACCUAACGUGCGGAUCUCAUCCACCGGGAGCGGGCAUGCAUGCCAGUCCUCCUGUCAAGGACUUCAUGGAGAUACGACUCCGGCUGCUCCGAUCGAGUCGGUGGAAGAACUGGUUGCGCGACAAAGUAGGAUUCUGUCGAAACUGAAGGAGCUUCGAAGACAGGUCGACGUAUUAGAUGCAUCUCUGCGCAGCAGUGAACCGAAGGAAGAAACUACCGGUCCAGUGUCUUCUGAAUCGCCCGUGGUUAAUGCUGCUGCGCCGUCAGGCGCACCAGUUGCGCUAUCUCAAAAACUGAAAGAUUUAUCUGGAAGUAAAUCGGCGAUGCAGGAAGAAAUAUUAAAUCGCGAAGUUAACCUCUUGGCUGAUCUGAAGAAAUUUCGCGAGAAGAUAGACAAGUUGUCGGGCAGCUCUACUCUUUCUCCCACUAAGCCGGAGCUUUCAGUGGUUACUGAAAAGAUUCUGCAGCAACCCCCGACGUCUGCAAGUCGAGAUGUCGUGGUAUUCGCCGAUCCGAAACGCCCUCCUUUAUGGUUGUUGCCAGCGAUCAAACUGCUCACCCAACGUGACUCGAUUGUGACACUGACGUAUGUUCAUUCGUCGGUCGAAGCUGUUCCCGGUUUGCACUGUUUCUUCCCGGACCGGAAGCAGCAGUUGUCGCGGUCUGAUGCUUCCCUGAUUAUCACGUUGAUUUGGAGAAACGAAGUAGCCAGUGAAAGCAAAAACAAGGCUGAAGUUCUGCGCUGUUUUCUCCGAGUCAUCGAGAAUAGUAACCAAGGUGCAACUGCAAAUGUGGAUGAAUAUUUGGACGUGUUGCAUAAUUUAGAGAGUAGCGAUGCUAGCGAUCAUCAGAAAGCCGCGAAGACUUUGGCCGCACGUUUAGACAAGACAGCCUUUCUUGUUGGACAAGAACCGCAUCUGCUGGAUGCAGUAAUUCUGGAUGGUCUGAUCAAUGCGGAUCUGGUCAAGACAGCAGAUGGAAAAGUGAAGAAAUGGAUUCAGACUUGUUCGAACAACGGUUUAUUUAGCGAUAUGGCCGGAUUUUUAAAAUGUUGAUUUGUAAACAAGUAAAUCAGCUGUAGGAUAUGGAUUAUGGAAUGUGAAUACGAAUCUACCUCUA